UCAAGUUGGUGGAUAUAGAGAGAAGAUUCCUGUUAGUUACUUCCUGGUUUUGAGAGAGAUCAGUCCAAAAAUCUUCUAUUAAAUACUUAUUUAUAUAAAAUUGCUUUAAAUCCAUUUUAAAGAUACAUCUUUGGUGAAUUUUAAAGAAAUGUGCUCCAGGUUUUUCUUUUAAAGGAUGAUGAAUUUAAAGUCAGAUCCUACACAGAAAUAUGAGGCAGGUGGGCUCUGGCAAAUCAAAUUUCCUUGGAUUCCAGUGUGCUGUGUAUUUGUAAAAUACAAAACACUUAGAAGCCCUGUGGUGAUAUUUUUGAAGAUAAACAGUAAUUAAUUGUGCUGAGAAAUCGAACCUUCCCUCCCCCUUACUGUGUCUUUGUGAGUACUUUACAGUGCAGGGUAAAUAUUAUUACUGCAAACAUCAGAAAUCGUUUAGAAUUCCUAAAGAUGUCUAAUGUAUGAGCACAGCACGUGCAGUUUUAAAGAAAUACAGGAAAGGUAAACAGUGGUACAUGGAGGGUGCAGGGUUUAAAUUGAGUUUUGGGAAGAUGUAUUGAUUGGGAUCUCUAAUCCUGACACUGUGGGAAUGGUUUCAGCACGGAUUCCAUGGGGUUUGGAAGUACCUGCUGAGGAGUUGGGGCUCCAGGCCGAGCAAGAAAGAUGCCUCAGGACUCUUGCAAUGGAUUCUGAAGGUCACCACUGCACUUCCACAGAUAGACCAUGACACUUAUUCCAGUGGGUGCCACGUACAGGAGGCCCUUGAAGUGGGUUUUUGUGUUUCUCCUGCUGUUUUCCAUGGUAACAAUGUUGUACAUAACCUCCUUUCCUUCCAACACUGUGCUUGAGAAGGUGAACCUGAUGUAUUUUUACGAGUAUGAACCCGUUUACAAGCAGAACUACCUGUUCACGCUGCGGGAGCGCUGGAAGUGCCGGGACAUCCACCCAUUCCUGGUCAUCCUGGUGUCUUCCAGCCCGAGGGAUGUGAAGGCCAGGCAGGCCAUCAGGAUAACGUGGGGCUCUCGGAGCUCCUGGGGGGGCCACCGAGUCCUGACCCUGUUCUUGCUGGGGCAGGACACCCAGAGGGGAGACAACGCGGCAGAGCUGUCGGUGGAGGACGAGAGCAUCCUCUAUGGAGACAUCAUCCAGCAGGAUUUCGUGGACACCUACGACAACCUCACCCUGAAGACCAUCAUGGGGUUCCAGUGGGUCUCCGAGUUCUGCCCCAGCACCAGGUUCCUCAUGAAGACUGACAGUGAUGUCUUCAUCAACGCCCCCAACCUGGUGAAGUUCCUGCUGCAGUGGAAUUCCUCGGAGACCCUUUUCACUGGUUACCCCCUCAUCAACAACUUUGCCUACAGGGGCUCUGACAAAACCAGAUCCAUCUCCUACCAGGAAUACCCCUACAGGUUGUACCCUCCGUACUGCAGUGGGUUGGGCUAUGUCCUGGAUGGAAAGCUGGCCCUGAGGAUUUAUGAGCUGAUGAGCCACGUCAAACCCGUGAAAUUUGAGGAUGUUUAUGUUGGAAUUUGCUUAAACAUUCUUAAAGUCAACGUCAGUGUUCCAGAAGAUGCAGAACAGUUCUUCCUGUAUAAAGUUAAUUUUGAUGUCUGUAAGUACAGGCAUCUGAUUGCAGUUCAUGGCCUUACACCGAGUGAACUCAUCCAGUCUUGGCAGGAUUUGUCAUCCAGCAAUUCCGUGACUUGCCUUUGAUUCUGGAUUAACACACAAACUGAAAAACCUGUUUGGUGUAAAAACAACAUUUAAAGGGCAGGGAAAUGCAAACCAAAAGCAGUUCUAGAGAUGCCUUUGACAACACUGCAGUGGCAGCAUUUCCCUGGAACAUCCCAGUAGUCUUAAAUAAAAAUACCAGGAAUUCACAAAGCACUUUUCCACGUGGGUAUCCCACACACUCAGGGUACUUUGGAAUGCUCAGGGUACUUUGGAAUGCUCAGGGUACUUUGGAAUGCUCUGUCCCAUCUGCCUCAGACACCUCCCCACAUGGUCAGCUACAGGGAUUUCUGCCUGAAUCUUCUGGAAUGGAUGAAAAGUCACCAAGGAAUAAUGUUUAUGCCAAGAAACCAGCUUUGAGGAUGCCUCCCAAAUUCCUGCCUGGAUUGUUUUUACGGUUUUAUGGCCACUCUCCAUUAUUUGUUCUCUGCCCAGUGUGAAGCAAAACAACCUUCUUUCUGUGCCUCACCUCUGUGACCCUUCUGAGAAUGUCACACCUGGGUAUUUAAAUGUAUCACCUCUGUCAGGCUUCCAAGAACAUUCCAAGCCUGUGGGAUCUGCAGGAACUGAUGGGAAAUUCUGGGAAAGUGGGGCACUUUCUGUGUGUGUCUCUACAGACAUAAAACAGAAUGGCUUUGGUGUCUUUGACAGUGUUCCCAGACUCCUGGAGGGCAGGUGGAGUUCACUGGUUAUGAGAUAUCCCAAAACCACUGGGAUAAUCAACCCCCAUAUAUAAACAUCUCUCUGUGUGUACUGAUGCAUCCCAAGAGCUUUGGAAGCCACAGGGAAGAUGAAAGCACAAUAAUUUCUCCUGUGAUUUAUGUCUGCUUUUCUCAAUUAGUUUCCUUCCCCCACAUUUUAAAACACGAAAAAGGAAGAACCCCCCGAUAUUUAUAUUUAAAGAAGACAAACUCUGCCCUCUGUGUAAAGACCAGUUUUUAAUCACUUUAUUCAUAUCAGCAAGGCCCAGUUUUCAGUAGUUUACACUUCUAAGAGACAACAAUACAGAAUUUUGCAAUUGCAUGAACAUAAUUAAUCUGGACACAUCCACUACACGGGGAGGAGACUACGGUGACAUCCUGUCCAUGGAGCAGCUCCUGUUCCCAGGGAUUUUGCCUGGCAGAAUUCCACAGUGUCUCCUAGAGACAAACCACAAGAGGUGCAGAAACCUCCAGGACCACGGUGGGGGGGAGGUUUCAGCAGUGCCUUCAUUCCCUUGUGGUCAGGAUUGAGUUUGGCUCUUUUCCAACAGCUGCACGUGGGGUUCGGGUGGGAUCGGAGGACGGGUUAUUUUUUUAGGUAUAAAAGUGAGGUUUUGGGGACAACACUCUCUAGACAAGAUGUCAGUGUUCUAAGGAUGGAUGUUAAGCUCGAAGUUUUUAAAAAAUAAGAGGUUUUGUUUUUUUUUUGUUAAAUAGCUGAAGAUACAGAAUUGGGUAACUGAGGGAAGGAUGCUCUUGUAUUUCCAGAAACAGGUACAACUACAGCUGUGCCAUGGGUUUAGGAUCUGGGAUUUGAUUGUUCUGUGGGCAGAUCCUGAGAGCUCUUUGAGAGAUAUUUGCCUUGUUCUAUGAUUGUUCUUACAUCUCAGAACCCAAACCCCUCUGUUUUUUAGAAGCCUGCCAUGUCACGUGUUCAGAAAUAAAUUAUUUGCCACAAGAA